CAGCAAUAACUCUAUAGAAGUACUGAAGUUUUAAGACACAAUGGUGGGUCCAUUUAUGCAAGACAUAUUGCUCAUUGGCAUUAUCUAUUGGUAUUCCAAGAGCAUGAUGUCAAUGAUCAACGAUUAUUAUCGCAGUGAGUUUCAACGAAAAAUCCAAAGUGCAAGUACCUCCAAGCCAGCGGAAGAGACGCCUUUAAGCGUAGACAACUUUAUGGAUUAUGUGCGUGAACUGGAUAACACGCCGGAAGCGGAGGAGCAGACAGUUUGCAGCGAUUCAAAACGUCCAGUGGAACCGCAAUUAGGUUAUUCCCACAAUCUAAUAAGAUUCUUGAAGAUUACAGGAUCAUUUUCUGCUUUUGACAUUUGCAUUCCGCAGCGAACAGCUGCCGACAGCUGUAUAAGCUAGUCCCUAACAAUAUUCCUACUAUAAAAUAGAAUAUUAUACAUAUGGAAUAACUUUAAAUAACUUUCGUAAAAUAAAUACAUCCAUUUGUGCUCCAAAUGUGUGGCGCAUUUAUUUA